AUGCUCGCCGCCACGCCCCGGCUCGAGACGCUCGAGUUCUUCUUCGCGCAGGACUUGGAGGGCCUCAAAGCGGACAGGGACUAUGUGCUCGAGCACCACGACGAAUGGCGAGAGUUCGCGGCCGCGCUGGACCCCGUGCGAAAUACCCUGAGGAACUUGACCAUCUCGGUGGAUUGGGGCUUCGUGGAUGAUAUUCCGCCCGAUUCGAUGGACGUGGACUGGGUCGACGGCAUCUGGCAUCGGCGCGGCGACGUCGGCUCGCUGCAGCACCUGGCUCGCCUGGAGAGGCUGGAGGUGCCCAUCUUCGUGCUGCUGGGUUGGAGGCCG